AUGCCGAGACCAACGAACGAUAAGAUCACCCUCAUCUCCGCUAUUCCGGAGCAAGAGAGAUUUGAAGUUUCCACGGACGUCGCCAAGUGCGUUUUACUUUACGUCAUCGCAGUCUUCUUCAAUUUCUUUGCUUUCGUAAAAAACGCGCGAGAUCGCGCUUCUAGGAAUCGCCACGGCGAGAAGGAAAUCCCGUUACCGAACGUGGCCAAAUCGAUUUUACAGAAAGUCAUCACGUAUUGCGAAUACCACGCCAACGCGAAGGGCGAAGACGGUAAAGACAAAUCCGAGGACGAUAAAAAGAACUUCGAUUUGGAGUACGUGAAAGUCGAUCAAGCGACGUUGUUUGAGCUCAUCUUGGCGGCGAACUACUUGGACAUCAAGGAUUUGCUCGAUUUGUGCUGCCAAACCGUCGCGAAUAUGAUCAAAGGGAAGACGCCGGCGGAAAUUCGCAAGACGUUCAACAUCAAGAACGAUUUUACGCCGGAGGAAGAGGAAGAAGUUCGCAAGGAAAACCAAUGGGCGUUUGAAUAG